CGGUAGAUGGUUCUGGUUUUGUUUGGAGCUGAAUGAUCGAGGAACUGUUUCGGGGUUUAAUGUACAGGAGCUUCUGGUCCAGCUUUUAGAAUUAACCGUGGUGGUGGUGUAAGUGUUUGUGGUACAGAUGUGCGUGUGGGCUGCAACUUUGUAGGUUUGAGUACCAAGGCUGGUGGUGGGUCGAGCUCAAAUCUUGGAUGCAGGAACAGGGUUGAUGCGCGUUAACAGUCCCCUUCAACUCUUUAGGUACAAGACCCUUCUCCACGACUUCAAGUCCCCUUUGGCACCCUACAUCACCCAUACGUCUCUUCUUCUUCUUUUUCCUGAUAGGGUCCCACUGAAGACCCCUUACUCUUGAAUCCUCAGAAAUAAAAGUUUUUGGCGAGAUCAUUGAUCCGGGAUAUCUAAAAGUAGUACAUUUUUAUAUUUAAGAUGUGUUUCUUACCCUUUGUCCUGCAAGUUUGCAGCAUAUUCCUCUUGGAUUUUUCUUUUCAGGUUCUUUCUGACACAAGUAAAAUGACAUCUCUGUCAUGCCCACAGGUGCUGAGAACAAGAGAAAUCAAGUGAAGGAAGGAGGAGGAGAUUCCAAGACUUGGGUGUCAUUAUUUCUGGGGACACCCUUGACUGGAGACUGAACUUUUUGAACAGAAAUUUAGAGUUGAUCCAGAAGAGGCAAAGACAGAGCAUCCCAGUUAGCAGCCAUUUCCCAGAUUCAGAGGAAAAUGGUGCAGACCCAGGAAUUGUUGACACUGAAGGAUGUGGCUGUGGAGUUCACCUGGGAGGAGUGGCAGCUCCUGGCCCCUGCUCAGAAGGACCUGUACCGGGAUGUAAUGUUGGAAAACUACAGAAACCUGGUAUCACUGGGGUGUCAAGACAGCAAACCAGAUACACUCUCCAAGUUGGAACAAGGAGAAGAACCAUGGACAAUAGAAGAUGAAAUCCAUAGUCAAAUCUGUUCAGAAAUUGGGAAAGUUAAUGAUCCUCUGCAGCAUCACUUGCAAAAUCAAAACAUUCAGAAGAGUACAGAACAAUGCUAUGAACAUAAUGUGUUUGGAAAUAUUGUUAAUCAGAGCAAAGGUCAUUUCCCAUUAGAGCAAAAUCAUGAUACGUUUGCCUUACGUAAAAAACCCUUAGAAUCAAAUUUAAGUUUUGAAAACCAGAACAGAAGCUGUAACCUAAAGAACUCUGCUGAGUUUAAUGGAGAUGGAAAAUCCCUUCAUGCUAACCAUGAACAAUUUUAUACUGAAAUUAAAUUCCCUAUAAGUACAAAACCCAUCAGCAAUAAGUCCCAGGCCAUUAAACAAUGGAAAAUGCACAAGAUAGAGAAAGCCCAUGUGUGCAAUGAAUGUGGGAAAGCCUUCAUCAAGAGGUCUCAAUUCACUGAUCAUCAAAAAGUUCAUACUGGAGAAAAACCUCAUGGAUGCAGUAUGUGUGGUAAAGCAUUCUCCAGAAAAUCCAGGCUAAUGGAACAUCAGAGAACUCAUACAGGACUGAAACAUUAUGAAUGCACUGAAUGUGAUAAAAUCUUCCUCAAGAAAUCACAGUUCAAUAUUCAUCAUAAAACUCAUAUGGGAGAGAAGCCUUACACGUGUAGUGAAUGUGGGAAAGCCUUCAUCAAAAAGUGUCGGCUCACUUAUCAUCAGCGAACUCAUACAGGAGAGAAACCUCAUGGGUGCAGUGUAUGUGGGAAAGCCUUCUCUACAAAGUUCAGUCUCACUACACAUCAGAAAACUCAUACAGGAGAGAAACCUUAUAUAUGUAGUGAAUGUGGAAAAGGUUUCAUUGAGAAGAGGCGUCUUAUUGCACAUCAUCGCACUCAUACUGGUGAGAAACCCUAUGUAUGCAGUAAAUGCGGUAAAGGCUUCACCUUGAAGAACAGUCUUAUCACACAUCAGCAAACUCAUACAGAAGAUAAAUUAUAUAUGUGCAGUGAAUGUGGAAAAGGCUUUUCAAUGAAGCACUGUCUCAUUGUACAUCAGCGAACUCAUACUGGAGAGAAACCCUAUAUAUGCAAUGAAUGUGGAAAAGGUUUCAUCUUGAAGAGCCCUCUCAUCAGACAUCAGCGAACACAUACAGGAGAGAAACCCUACAUAUGCACUGAAUGCCGAAAAGGUUUCACCAUGAAAAGUGACCUCAUUGUACAUCAGCGAACUCACACUGCAGAGAAGCCAUAUAUAUGCAAUGAUUGUGGGAAAGGCUUCACUGUGAAGAGCCGUCUGAUUGUACAUCAGCGAACUCAUACAGGAGAGAAACCCUAUGUGUGCAGUGAAUGUGGAAAAGGCUUUCCAGCAAAGAUCCGGCUAAUUGGGCAUCAACGAACUCAUACAGGAGAGAAACCUUAUAUAUGCAGUGAAUGUGGAAAAGGCUUCACUGAGAAGAGCCAUCUCAAUGUACAUCGGCGCACUCAUACAGGAGAGAAACCCUAUAUAUGCAGUGAAUGUGGCAAAGGCUUAACUGGGAAAAGCAUGCUCAUUGCACAUCAGCGAAUUCAUACUGGGGAAAAACCAUAUAUAUGCAAUGAAUGUGGAAAAGCCUUCACCAUGAAGAGUACUCUAGGUAUACAUCAGCAAACUCAUACUGGAGAGAAACCAUAUAAAUGCAAUGAAUGUGGUAAAGCCUUCAGGAAGAAGACGUGCCUCAUACAACAUCAGAGAUUUCACACAGGAAAGACUUCCUUUGCGUGUAGUGAGUGUGGAAAAUUCUCUUUGCGCAAAAAUGAUCUCAUUACCCAUCAGAGAAUUCACACAGGAGAGAAACCAUAUAAAUGCAAUGAAUGUGGGAAAGCCUUCACUACAAAGUCAGGGCUCAAUGUUCAUCAAAGAAAACAUACAGGAGAGAGACCCUAUGGAUGUAGUGAUUGUGGGAAAGAUUUUGCCCACCUGUCAAUCCUUAUUAAACACAAGAGAAUUCACAGGUAGUCAUUCUGGAAAAACCUCUUGCCAGUUGUAGGCCCUCAGGAUACGGUAUCUGCAAAGAAUGGCUUAAAUGAACGCAGAGUAUGUGGUUGUAUAGUUAGCGAUCAGUUACCUCACGUUGUAUGUCAAAGAAAACGUAUGAAACAACUCUGUUAUAAUCAGCAUUGAUGAAGAUAUUUUAGGACAUUAUAUGUCUAAAAAGUGAAUACUGAGAAAUAUCCCAUGAAUGUGACAGACUAGGAAAGCUUUCAGUGGGAAGACAGGCCCUAUCAAAAGUGAUCAUCAUAGAUUGUAAAUGAACUACAAGUUGGUAGAAAUGUAAUGAUGAGAAAGGCUUUGCUCAGAAAUAAGUCCUCGAUAGAUUGAGAGAGUUUACACCAGAGAAAUACUUUCCAGGCUGGCCAGUUUGCUCAGUUGGUUAGACUGCAGUGUUGACAACACCAAGGUCAAGGGUUCAGAUCCC